AUGCUCUCAACAAAUAGUCUUUUAACUGAUCAAAUGCGUCGAAAUAAUGAUGGCAAGUUAAAAAGUAUACAUAAAAUUCCAUUUUUAUUGAGAAGUGGACGAAGAUAUUUGCCAUUUUUUGCUUUAUUCGGAAUUAUGUUUAUAAUUACAUCAGUAACUAUUGUAAACAUAUUUUUGAGCGAUGAGUUAGUUAUAAGUGGAACUUUUGAGCCACAACCUUAUAUAGGUUUACGCCCAAAUACAAAACCAACUCUUCCAAUAGGCACAUCGAUUUACCAUGUUAGUAAAGAAUUUGGUGCGGCUACAAUGGGUGGAUUAGGGCAUGUUGUUACAGCCUUGACGCAAGGACAAUCGAUGAACAGCCGGUUGAAUGUCAAUAUUAUAAUGCCAUAUUAUAGUUAUUUAAAAUCACUGUACAAGUGUGAAUUCUACGCUCAUUUAUCAAUUAAAAUUCAAAAUAGUUAUGGUGAAUGGCAAACUGUCAAUUUCGGAGUUCGAAGAUUGUUAUUGAAUGUUAGCACAAAUCCUGAUGUUCUAAGCAAUAGUCCACCACAAUCGCGAGGAAUUUGUAUUUACCUAAUUGGACCCGCCAUAAAUUAUCCACCUUUUAAUUUGGCUUUUUAUGCACCUAGUGCUCUUGAAAUAUAUUCAACGCCAGAAGGAUUGUCUCAGGAAUGGGUGAAUUUGUAUUUUUGUAAAGCAGUUGCUGAACUUAUAACUUAUUUAGAUAAGUAUACGGAAACUCCAUUGUUUGCCAGAGUUGAUAAUAGAGGAGUAGACGUUGUACAUCUUCAUGGAGCAACGAAUGCAUUUGUAAUAGAUUUUCUCAAAGAAUUAUAUGAUGAAGACCAAUAUAGUAAAUCAUCACCUCCAAUCGUUUAUACUAUGCAUGAUUAUUAUGAAGAGCAAUUAUAUUCGACUCAACUUGUCAACUUUAAAAUGUUCAAGAAUUUAAGUGAUGAUAUUAAUGAUAUUGAUGGAUAUUUAAAUUAUAUUCAUGGUCGUCGAUUUUAUCCAUCAGCUCUUGCAAUUGACAGAGCCCAAAUAAUAACUUUUGUUUCUGAAGCCAUGGCAAAAGAAAUGGUUGAAGGAUCUUUGGAUUUUCGUGCAAAGGAAUUGAUUAUGCCGAGUAUUCUUCACCGUGCAUCCAAAGGUCAUUGGAUUGGAAUAACUAAUGGUGUGGAUUUUACUCAAUUUAACCCAUUUGAUGAUAUGAUGCUCUUUGAGACCGAUUCACAUUUCCCAAAGAAUAUCAUGACUUUUGAUUAUGAACAAUUUAUCGAAGAACAAAUCGAUGCAUCAUCACAAGAGCUUGUUAUUGAUGCAAAAUUUAAAGCUAAAAGUCAUCUAAUAAAAGAAGGAUUUCUAGAAGUUGACGAUAUAAAUAGGACUAUAGUUUUAUUUAUCGGUCGGUUUCAAUAUAAUAAGGGGGUAGAAUUCUUUGUUCCAGCAAUUGAGACUCUGGCAGCUCUUGAUGCUAAAUUAAUUGUUAUGGGCCAGCAGAAUAAUUUUCCAAUUAAAAAAUUGCAAAAACUUCAAUCAAAAUAUCCAAAAAACUUUAAUUUAAUUGAUGAUUUGGAAUUUCAGAAUGAUUGGGGUGUCUUAUAUCGUGCUGCAGCAGAUGUACAAUUUGUACCUAGCUUUACUGAAAGUUUUGGUUUAGUUGCAGUCGAAGGGUUAUUGUUUGGAGCCACAGUUGUUAGUACAGGUGUAGGAGGGUUAAAGGAAUUUUUAGUUAAUAAAAGCAUUGACAAUAUAACUGAUAGAUAUAAUUCUUAUUUAUUUGAAUUAGUUGAUCAAAAAUAUAGUGUUAAUUCAGCCGAAGGGUUGAAAAGAGCUUUAACUGCAGUAAUAAAUGAUUAUAAUAGACUAAACGAUAACUUGCAUGAAAAAGAAAUAUUUAUAAGAGAUUUGAUCAAAGAUGCACUUAAAUUGAGUUGGAAUCGACCGCAAGGACCUCUUGAACAAUAUUUUAAAAAAUGUAAACUUAUUAAUGUGGUUGGAGUAUUAAGUUAA